GUCGACGAUGCCUACGACGUUGUGUUCCGCCAAAGCAUCCUACAAAAAACAACCCGGUACUCUCGAACUAACAGAUUCACUUUUAAUAUGGACACAAGAAGGCAAGAAAACACCAGCAGUCCGUGUUCAGCACCCAGAAGCAUCUUCUCUGUUCUGCAGCAAAGAAGGCGCUGCUCAAGUCCGCCUCAAACUUGGACUUGUAAACGAUGAAGCAGGACAUAAUUUUACUUUCACUUCGCCUUCAGCAGUCGCGUACGCCGAGCGGGAAGCAUUCAAGCAAGAGCUCACAAACAUCAUCUCUCGAAACCGGAGCGCUGCACCGACACCUUUACCAAAACCGACACCACUCAGCACACCUGCAAAGACACCUGCACCAAUCCCAUCCACAUCCCGUGCCACCUCCGUCUCGAGUGACACUCGCACUCCAAUCCUCUCCGGUAUAGAUGCAGCAACUGACUUUCGCCUCAGAAAAAAAGUCCUCCUUUCGAAUCCUGAACUUUUGGUGCUACAUAAAGAGCUUGUUAUGAGUGGUCAAAUCACUGAGUCUGAGUUUUGGGAUGGCAGAGAGCACCUCUUGCUUGCAGAAGCUGCUGCAGAGGGCCAGAAACGCGGGCGUCCAGGCCAGCUCGUCGACCCUAGACCACAGACCGUAGAAGGUGGCGAGGUCAAGAUUGUUAUCACCCCACAGCUAGUUCACGACAUAUUCGACGAGUUCCCCGUCGUUGCAAAAGCAUACAAUGACAACGUUCCUAACAAGCUCUCAGAAGCCGAGUUCUGGAAGAGAUAUUUCCAGUCAAAGCUCUUCAACGCCCACCGUGCUUCUAUCCGUUCCUCGGCUACGCAGCACGUCGUAAAAGACGACCCCAUAUUCGACAAAUACCUAGAGAAAGACGACGAUGAGCUAGAGCCCCGAAGAGCACGAAACGAAGUCUCGGACCUCUACAUCAAUAUAGGAGCGACACUUGAGGACCAUGUAGAGACAGGAAACGAAAAGGACGUGACGAUGCAAGCCGGAAGACAACGCGGGGCCCUCCCUCUCAUCCGAAAAUUCAAUGAGCAUUCUGAACGAUUACUCAAUUCCGCUUUAGGCGAAGUACCACCCGCCAAACGCCGACGCAUUGAUAGUGGUAACGAUGAGGACGACGACGCAUACGCCCAGAUCACGCUCGAUGAUCUAAGGGACUCAGAAGCUAUGAGUGGAAUCACGCUCCAGAUGCAAGACCGCGAGCGGUAUUUCGAGGGACAGCUUGCUCGAAGUGCUUCAGAGCAGGCAGGUAGUGAGGUCGUUGACGUCCGCGCCGCUUUUACAGAAUUGAAACAUGGCUUUAGGGGUUGGGAGACGCGAUUCAGUCAGCUUCGAAUAGACAAAAGAGCAGGAGACGCAGCGCUUGACUCAAUGACUCAAAAUGUCUCUGCGCGAUUAGAUAUCCGCACUAGAAAAACUGAUUUCCCACCAACGCUCUUCCGCCAACUCACGACAUGCCAAACGGCUGCAAACGAGUUCCUGAGGCAAUUUUGGACUUCUCUCUAUCCUCCCCCAACGACUACUUCAUCAGGCGCCACGCCCUCUCAAAGCGUAGCUAAAGCAGCUAAGAUGGCGGGUUAUCUCAGUAAGACGCGCGAGAAAGUCGAGGCGCUCGUGCGGGCGGGCCAAUUAGAGGGUGUAGAGCCUGAGAGAGUAGAGGUGGCUAUGAAACCCCUCUUGGACGCUGUCGAUCACGCGCUUGCGUUUUAUAGGGCGCGGAGUACAAAGACUUCGACGUUUAAAACUGCGUAGUGCGAUUCAGG